AUGGGGAGCACUUUUGCUGGGCUUGAAAAUGGGGAUCAGUGUUUCUGUGGGAACACCAUUUCGUGGACAGGAGGCAACGCACAACCAGUGGCUGACAGUGAAUGUUCGACGCCUUGCCCUCUGCUCAACAUUGGUACCUGUGGUGGAACGAACAGGAUUGAGAUUUACGCAUCUCCUUCAUAUGCACUCUCGAGUCCGUGGGAUCUGAAGCAGAAUUAUGAGGGCCCGACUUUCUUUGAUGAGUGGGAGUUUUUCACCCGCAGCGAUCCUACGCAUGGUGCCGUGAACUACAACAAUGCUGCAUACUCGUGGUCGAAAGGUCUGGUAUCCAUAAACGGUGCUGGAAACGCGAUCAUGAGGGUCGACACCACUCCCAACAUUACAUCCAACCGCGACUCUGUUCGGAUCUCGACGAUCAUGCAUUAUGAUGGGGGAUUAGUCAUUCUCGAUGCUGUCCAUAUGCCAGUUGGUUGUGGCACUUGGCCGGCAUUCUGGAGCUUAGGGACACCAACGUGGCCGGUCGAUGGCGAAAUAGAUAUCGUCGAAGGUGUACACUUUGCUCAACAAAACUUGAUGUCUAUUCACACAGAGAAUGGAUGCACUAUGCCGACUGAUUUCGGUGGUACUGGAACUUUGACAGGCUCCCCUAACUGUGACGCGCAUGCCAACUCAAACACGGGCUGUGGCAUCAGAGCCUCGGGCCCAAAUACUUACGGCGAGGGUUUCAACUCGAACGGAGGUGGUGUGUACGCCAUGAUUUGGGACGACGCAAGCGGAGGCGAAGGUAUUAGGAUUUGGUUUUUCCCCCGUGGAUCUGUCCCGUUUGAUGUCUCCGCUGGUGAACCUCAACCGAGUGGAUGGGGCACACCCCAAGCCAGGUGGCCAUCGACGAGCUGCAACCCACCUGAUUUCUUCAAGAGUCAUAUGCUAGUGUUUGACACUACGUUAUGUGGGGACUGGGCAGGGGCGGCGGGCAUAUGGAGCUCCCCGGUGAACAAUGGCCAAGUUGGUGGUAGUUGUGCUACUCGCACUGGCUACUCAACUUGCGUCGACUACAUUCGUGCAAGAGGAGAGGAUUUUACUAAUGCUUUUGUAUGCGUUACAGAUUGGGAAGUUAAGAGCGUUAAGCUCUAUCAAUAG